CCGUCGUGAAAACAUCGUGCAGUACUUUGAAGCGUCCGUGCAUCUUGUUCCUGCAGGGUUACGAGUUUGACCAACAUGGCGAGCAGAGCUGAAUCUCACCUGAAACAAGAGGAGGGAGAGAGUGGACAUGGGGAGCAGGAUUCUCCGCGUACCCACAUGUGUGACGAGUGUGGCAAGGAGUUUCGCUACCUGAGUGCGUUGAAGCGACACGUGCGGACUCAUACAGGCGAGAAAUCUUACCGGUGUGAGGAAUGUGGCAGGUGUUUUCUUGAGCUAGGUGAUCUAAAGAGGCACGUUCGAACUCACACUGGUGAGAAACCGUACAGGUGUAUAGAGUGCAGCAAGCAGUUCAGUGAGUUGGGUAAUCUGAAGAGACACUUGCGGAUCCACGCGGGCGAGAAACCCUACAGGUGUGAGGAGUGCAGUAGGCAGUUCAGUGAGCUGGGGCAUCUGAAAGAGCACGUGCGGACUCACACUGGUGAAAAACCGCACAGAUGUGAGGAGUGCGACCGGUCGUUUAGUACACUUUCGUGUCUAAAGAGACACAUGCGGACUCACACAGGUGAGAAACCGUACAGAUGUGAGGAGUGCACGCGGUCGUUUAGUACACUGUCAAAUUUAAAGAUACACAUGCGAAUUCACACAGGUGAGAAACCGUACAGAUGUGAGGAAUGCAGCAAGCAGUUUAGCAGGCUGGGUAGUCUAAAAACACACAUGCGAAUUCACACAGGUGAGAAACCGUACAGAUGUGAGGAGUGCAGCAGGCAUUUCAGCAGGUUGGAUAAUCUAAUGACUCACAUGCGGACUCACACUAGUGCACAUGUGUGAGGAGUGCGGCGUGUGUUUUGUUGGACCUAUUGAUCUAAAGAGACACAAGCGGCCUAUAUUAAGGAUCCCAUUUGAACACACAUCGGCGAAAGCCUGCCAAUGUGGUUAUUAGGGUUACCUAGUGGGAUUGUUUUAACUGUUUAUACCGUUUGAUCUUAUUUUGUUAUUCUCUUGCAAGUGAAACCCCUUUUUUCACUGUUUUUUUCUGUCAGUGUCAGUGCUAGAAGUCAUGUAUAAAAUACAACAAUGUAGUGUGUAGACAAUGGUUACAUGGUAGGACACCGUUGGUUUAACGUCAUUGUGUCAUUGUCCGUCUGUUAUAGAACUUAGUCAACUACAAUUAGUUUUAUUUGUUUUAGUAUCUGUAAAUACACCAAAUCUUUAACGUUCGGUUACAGUUGCAGCAUGUUAGUUAUUAAUACAUGGAAAUGUAAUUUGUUUGUUUUACUGCAAUUCUGUAAGGUAGAUGUAGCUUAGAGUAAGAGAUUUGCCAACUUUUUACAUCCCAGUGUCAACAAUAAAGCGCGUUAUGUGCCUUAUUUGUUUGUUAUCGUCGCUUUCAUUUUUUCCAUGCUCUACCCUUUUCCUAAGGACAUUGAUUUCUCACAUGCAAAUCAGCACACGUAACAUGGUGCAUUCACUAUCUUGACCAAGUCGUUCUCUUUUCCUAAUUAAUAAGGGUGUUGCCCGCUAUUCAAGUCAUUUUAGAUUUUUUAUUUGCUGGGACUAUAGAGGGUGAAAAUUAGAUUUUUUUUGUACACACAAUAGAUUUUUUUAUACCAGUACAUUAAUUUAAAGACGUCACAUGCGAAGCCUGUCAAUGCCUGUGGCUUAAAGGUUCCUGGGUGGGUACGUUUUAAUGUCCUUACUGUUUGGUCUCAUUGCGUUAUUCUUCUGCAAACGAAACUUCUGCAAACCGCUUAUUAUUUUUACUACCAGUAGUAUUUCAACUUACUUUGUAAAGAAACUACCAGAAAAUUAAAAUUAACAUCCUAAUGUUACGUACUGCUCCUUUAAGCUGACUCACGCAGUGCCUAUGCGUAGAAUAAACAUGUCUCAGCUUAGAGUGUUGGUAGUUUCUACAUGUAAGGUCUGGCAACAUCUAACGUUGAGUUCUCCUCACACCAGGAUGUCUUAACCACAACCUGCUUGUUUAUGCCAUAGUUUGUGCUUAUAAACCUGCAU